AAGCAGACUGGCUAAAUGUAUAAGCCCGAUACACUAACACGGCGCGGCAGUCUGAGAUCCCUGCGCAGCGCACCGCUGCUCAGUACGGUGCUGGAGAGCACGCUCUCGCUGACCCGCAUCCAUCCGAUUGCUUCGCUGGAGCUGCCCGGCCUCGAUUAUGCAGUGCAAUCGCAGUCAGCCAUUGGCGGCAUUCAUCAUCGUGAAUUAGGCACCUCCCUACGCAGCGGCAUCGCAGCGAUCACCGCAGCCAGCGCCAGUGGCAUCUCUCAAUCCCAGAGCGCGCUGCUCGGACGUUACGGUCCAAACGCCUCAAUACGCAACAGCGAAAGAAAGAUUGUCCAGCCGAAACGCGUUCUAUCGCGCAAGCUAAAGCCACAUCUGGUCGCCGACACCGUUAAGCAGUAUAUAAGUCGGGCGCAACGACCAACAAAAAAGGGUUCUCAAGAGCAACAAAAUAACAUGGAGUUUUUACGUGGUGUCUAUGCGUUUAUGCAAGUGAGUAGAUCAUCGGUGUCUCAUGUCAAAAUCGAUUCACCUGUUUUUCGCCUGCACACAAACGCAACGGUUAUUUUACUGAUCACAUUCUCGAUUGCUGUGACAACGCGGCAGUACGUAGGAAACCCCAUAGACUGUGUACACACAAGAGACAUUCCCGAAGAUGUUCUCAACACAUACUGUUGGAUACACUCAACGUAUACAGUUGUGGAUGCGUUUAUGAAAAAGCAAGGUUCCGAGGUGCCUUUUCCUGGAAUUCACAAUUCACAGGGGCGUGGCCCUCUUACAAUAAAGCACACAAAAUAUUAUCAAUGGGUAGCGUUUACACUAUUUUUUCAGGCAAUCUUAUUUUACACACCAAGAUGGCUGUGGAAGUCUUGGGAGGGUGGCAAAAUUCAUGCGCUCAUCAUGGACUUAGAUAUAGGCAUUUGUUCCGAAGCCGAGAAAAAACAAAAAAAGAAAUUACUUUUAGAUUAUUUAUGGGAAAAUUUAAGAUAUCACAAUUGGUGGGCGUACAGAUACUACGUGUGUGAACUGCUCGCCCUAAUAAAUGUGAUAGGUCAAAUGUUUCUUAUGAAUCGAUUUUUCGAUGGCGAAUUUAUGACAUUUGGCUUGGAUGUGAUAGAUUAUAUGGAGACCGAUCAGGAAGAUCGCAUGGAUCCGAUGAUUUACAUAUUUCCCAGAAUGACCAAAUGUACAUUUUUUAAAUAUGGUUCAAGUGGGGAGGUGGAAAAACACGACGCCAUUUGCAUUUUACCAUUAAAUGUUGUUAAUGAGAAAAUUUACAUUUUCCUUUGGUUUUGGUUUAUAUUAUUAACGUUACUCACAUUAUUAACGCUAAUAUACAGGGUGGUUAUUAUAUUCUCGCCUCGAAUGAGGGUCUAUUUAUUUCGAAUGCGAUUUAGGUUAGUGCGUCGUGACGCUAUUGAAAUAAUCGUUCGUCGUUCCAAGAUGGGCGAUUGGUUUUUGUUGUAUUUAUUAGGUGAAAAUAUAGAUACAGUUAUAUUUCGUGAUGUUGUACAGGAUUUAGCAAAUCGUUUAGGACAUAACCAACACCACAGGGUGCCUGGAUUAAAAGGUGAAAUACAGGAUGCAUGAUAUUGGGAGUAUUAGAAACAAUACAAAAUGCAAUAUGUCGUCUCUAUAUAAAAACAACAACAUCAACAUUCAACUACUUAGUACAACAACAACAGCAGCAGCAACCGCUUCAUAAGUUCAAAAUAAAACUCAAAAAAAAAACGUAUCUUACAAAUACAACCAAAAAAACUAUCGUCAAUGCUAACACAUCGAAGUCAUUUUCAAUCAACAAGAGAGUAAAGCACAGAGGCACCUCAAUACCGAUAACGAUACCGAUAACGACAAAGAUAACGACAAAGAUAACGAUAAAGAUAAAGAUCAACAUUAAGAUAAAGAUAAAGAUAAUGAUAAGAUAUCAAUAGACCCAACCACACAACGAAUGAAAGCGGACUAAGCCGAACCAGAACUAACAUAAAGGUCAAAAGUAAAGGAAACGAAUCAACCAACAAAAGAAAAACUCAACAACGAACAUUAAAGGCAGAUCGAAAAGAUGAUAAUAUUGAUAGGAAUUAUUAACAAUCACGAGCAGCAGCAGCGGGAAACGGAGUUUGGGUGCAGCUGCAGCUAGUCAGCUCAGCCAGCGCCCAAGGACAUCGCAAGCAGUUGCACGUGGCGCCUGCAACUGUGGGCAUGCCCCAUGGAUUCAAGUCAAAAAGUUAUAAAAAUAGAAGUUGCCCAGGGACAAGGACAAAGUGUGUGCAAGAACCAACAAGGAAAGAACAACACAAAGACAAAAGAAA